AGUCUCGCCAGGCAGCUGGAGGCGGCUGGGGCUGGCGGCUCGGCGGUCUUCCCGGGCUCCCGGUGACGUCGCUGCGUCCUCCUCCCCGUCCUCUCCGGGGCUGGCGGCAGCCGGCCUCAGACGCCGCGGGCCCGGGGCGUGCGGCCGCUCACGAUUUUUUAUGACAUCUUAAACAUGAGCGCCACACAAUGGGAUUUCCCUGUGGAAUUAUGUUGUCGGCCUAUGGCUUUUGUCACACUUACGGGCCUAGAUGUGGUAUACAAUGCUGUCCAUCGAGCUGUCUGGGAUGCUUUUUGUGCCAAUCGGAGAGCUGAUCGGGUACCAAUUUCUUUCAAGGUGCUCCCAGGUGACCAUGAAUAUCCCAAAUGUAGACCAAAGAGGACAUCGUAUGAAUGGUACAUUCCUAAAGGGAUCUUAAAGACUGGCUGGAUGAAUAAGCAUCUGAAUCUGGUGCCAGCCCUAGUGGUUGUCUUCUAUGAAUUGGAUUGGGAUGAGCCUCAAUGGAAAGAAAAGCAGUCUGAAUGUGCAACCAGGGUGGAAAUUGUCAGGCAGAGUUUACAAGGAAGGAACACAAAGGUCGCAGUGGUUCUGAUUCAGAAGAAGACCCCUCUGCCACCAGGAGAAGAUGUGAUUGCUUCAGAAAGGGCAGCAGCUCUGUGCAAUGUGUGUGAACUCUCAGGAAAGUCCUUGUUCGUAUUGCCCCACACUGACCACCUUGUGGGAUAUAUUAUAAGGUUAGAGAAUGCCUUUUACGAACAUGCACAGACUUAUUACUACACAGAGAUCAGAAGAGUGAAAUCUCAUAAGGAAUUUCUCAAUAAAACAACACACCAGCUUUUAUUUGUUAGACAUCAGUUCAAAAUAGCUUUCUUCAGUGAGUUGAAACAAGAUACACAAAAUGCUCUUAAGAAUUAUAGGACUGCCUAUAAUCUUGUACAUGAAUUGCGAGCACAUGAAACUAAUAUAAUGGAAAUUAAGACUAUGGCAGGAUUUAUAAACUACAAGAUCUGUAGGCUAUGUUUUCAACACAAUACCCCACUGGAUGCAAUUGCUCAGUUUCGAAAACACAUCGACUUGUGUAAGAAAAAGAUUGGAAGUGCAGAGUUGUCUUUUGAGCAUGCUGCAUGGAUGUCUAAGCAAUUUCAGGCCUUUGGAGAUUUAUUUGAUGAAGCUAUUAAGUUAGGGUUAACAGCUAUUCAAACUCAGAAUCCUGGUUUCUAUUAUCAGCAGGCAGCAUAUUACGCUCAGGAGCGGAAACAGCAUGCAAAAACCCUCUGUAACCAUGAGGUAAAAGAACACUGGGGUUUUGAUCUUUCUGAUCCUGAAAAAGAGAAGGCAGGAAUUCUUGCCAUUCAGUUAAAGGAGAAAAACGUUGUUCACUCUGAGGUAAUAAUAACUCUUCUGAGCAAUGCUGUUGCACAAUUCAAAAAAUAUAAGUGUCCAAGAAUGAAAAGUCAUCUAAUGGUUCAAAUGGGAGAGGAAUAUUAUUAUGCAAAAGAUUAUACCAAAGCUUUGAAGUUGCUGGAUUAUGUGAUGUGUGAUUACCGCAGUGAAGGAUGGUGGACUCUGCUCACAUCUAUACUGACUACAGCACUGAAGUGCUCCUACCUCAUGGCCCAGCUGAAGGAUUACAUUACGUAUUCCCUAGAACUCCUUGGCAGAGCUUCAACUCUUAAAGAUGAGCAGAAAUCUCGGAUAGAAAAGAACCUCAUAAAUGUCUUAAUGAAUGAAAGUCCUGAUCCUGAGCCUGACUGUGAUACCCUAGCUGUAAAGACUGCUCAGAAGCUGUGGGCAGACCGAGUUUCUCUGGCUGGCAGCAAUAUUUUUACAAUAUGUGUACAGGACUUUGUGCCAUUUGUACAAUGUAAAGCCAAGUUUCAUGCUCCAAGUUUUCACGUUGAUGUUCCUGUUCAAUUUGAUGUUUAUCUAAAGGCUGAUUGUCCACACCCCAUUAGGUUUUCGAAGCUCUGUGUUAGCUUUAAUAAUCAGGAAUAUAACCAGUUCUGUGUACUAGAAGAAGCAACCAAAGCAAGUGAAGUUUUAGAAAAUUUGACCCAAGGCAAGAUGUGCUUAGUUCCUGGUAAAACAAGAAAGUUGUUAUUUAAAUUUGUUGCAAAAACUGAAGAUGUUGGAAAGAAAAUUGAGAUUACUUCUGUGGAUCUGGUUCUGGGCAGUGAGACUGGCAGGUGUGUAGUUUUGAAUUGGCAGGGAGGGGGAGGAGAUGCUGCUUCCUCCCAGGAAGCCCUGCUGGCUGCCCGAUCUUUCAAAAGAAGACCUAAGCUUCCAGACAAUGAGGUUCACUGGGACAGCAUCAUCAUCCAGGCAAGCACCAUGAUAAUUUCCAGAGUUCCAAACAUUUCUGUACAUCUGCGACAUGAACCUCCUGCCCUGAUGAAUGAAAUGUAUUCUUUGGUUGUGACUGUUCAGUCCCAUGAAAAGACUCAAAUCAGGGAUGUGAAGCUCACUGCUGGUUUAAAGCCAGGACAGGAUGCCAACUUAACCCAGAAAACUCAUGUGACUCUUCAUGGAACAGAACUAUGUGAUGAGUCCUACCCAGCUUUACUCACUGACAUUCCUGUUGGAGACUUAUAUCCAGGAGAACAGCUGGAAAAAACAUUAUAUAUUCGCUGUGGAACAGUGGGCUCAAGAAUGUUUCUUGUAUAUGUUUCUUACCUGAUCAAUACAACUGUUGAAGAAAAAGAAAUUGUUUGCAAGUGUCACAAGGAUGAAACUGUAACUAUAGAAACAGUCUUUCCAUUUGAUGUUGCAGUUAAGUUUGUUUCCACAAAGUUUGAGCACCUGGAAAGGGUCUAUGCUGACAUUCCCUUUCUGCUCAUGACGGACCUCUUAAGUGCCUCACCCUGGGCCCUCACAGUUGUUUCCAGUGAGCUGAAGCUUGCUUCAUCGAUGACUUCAGUGGAUCAGCUGGAGUCCCAACUGGACAGAGUUGUCUUACAGACUGGAGAGAGUGCUAGUGAAUGCUUCUGUCUUCGAUGCCCAUCUGUUGGAAAUGUUGAAGGUGGAGUAGCAACUGGACAUUAUAUUAUCUCCUGGAAAAGGACUUCAGCCAUGGAAAACAUCCCUGUCAUCAGCACUGUCAUCACGCUGCCGCAUGUGAUUGUAGAGAAUGUUCCUCUCCAUGUGAGCGCAGAUCUGCCGUCAUUUGGGCGUGUCAGAGAAUCAUUACCUGUCAAGUAUCACCUACAGAAUAAGACCGACUUAGUUCAAGAUGUGGAGAUUUCCGUGGAACCCAGUGAUGCCUUCAUGUUCUCAGGUCUCAAACAGAUUCGAUUACGCAUUCUACCUGGCACCGAACAGGAAAUGUUAUACAAUUUCUAUCCUCUAAUGGCAGGAUACCAGCAACUACCGUAUCUCAACAUCAACCUACUUAGAUUUCCUAACUUCACAAAUCAGCUGCUCAAACGUUUUAUACCUACCAGUAUUUUUGUAAAGCCACAGGGUCGACUCAUGGAUGAUGCCUCUAUUGCUGCAGCUUGAUGGUCAAGACCAGAAGACUUGUUCUUACAGAGGACUCAGGCAGAGCUAACACAGGUGUCUUACGAUGACCUGUAGCUUUGAUCAUGGUAAAAAAAAAAAAUCAUCUUUUCUAUUUUUUAAUGGAUGUCAUAUCAACUAUUCAGAGGAAUUAUUGCUGAAAAUACUAGGAAAAUCACCCUGUCUUAUAGUUUCACUAAUAAAAAUUUGAAAUCUU